AUACACUAGGGGAUGUUUUUCUUUAAGAUUUUAAAAGUAGCAUAAUUUGAAAGGGGUAUAAAAUGGUAGACAUACGAUUGGCAUCAGAAGUGCCACUCUUUGAUAUCGUUGCCGAUUCUGCUGAGCCCAAACAUCUCGUCACGCCUGGCUCCUUGAUCACGAAAGAAACUGGGUUCAUGAGAGGGCAUGGUACAUACAUGCAAGAUGAUUGCCUAUAUGCCAGUGUUGCUGGCGUAGUUGAGAGAGUUAACCAGCUCAUUUCAGUGAGGCCAUUAAAGUCUCGAUACCAUGGAGAGAUAGGAGAUGUGGUUAUUGGAAGGAUUACCGAAGUUUCACAAAAACGAUGGAAGCUGGACACUAAUGCAAGAUUAGAUUCUGUGCUUUUACUUCAGUCUGUCAACUUGCCUGGUGGUGAACUGAGAAGAAGAUCAGCAGAAGAUGAAUUAUCAAUGAGGCAGUAUUUAAAAGAAGGUGAUUUAGUCAGUGCAGAGGUUCAAAAUAUCUUUAAUGAUGGAGCACUUUCUUUGCACACAAGAAGUAUGAAAUAUGGAAAGCUUUCUCAAGGAUGUUUGGUAAAAGUGAGCCCAUCACUAAUACGGCGGCAGAAAACACAUUUCCACAACUUACCUUGUGGCGCAAGCAUAAUCAUGGGCAAUAACGGGUUCGUUUGGAUCUGCCCUACGCUCCAUGAAGAUGCUGCUGGUGGAUUCGUUCAAAAUCUGGAGACAGUACCACACGCCGACCGACAAGCCAUAAGCCGCUUAAGAAAUUGCGUAACAGCUUUGGCGCAGUGCAAGAUGAUGAUCUACGAUACUAGCAUUAUGCACGCUUACGACGCCUCCAUAAAUGCUGGGUUUGAGAUCAAAGAUCUCCUUCUACCCGACAAAAUAACAGAAAUUGCUAUGAUGGUUCGGAAACAGUUUGAAAUGGAAAAAGAAUAAUUGUAUGAUUUCAGAUUAAACAUUGGUGAUUCAGUUUA